AUGUCUGCCAGUACUCUCGGACCCCUUAACAAUGCCAACCUCGUCGAGGCCUUCACGCCAGCGGCUACCUACAAUGCCCUGGCUCUCAUCGAUGUGUGCAAGCUCGAGCCUCUGAAGCACCGUGCUGCCCACACCGAGCUUCUCAACUUGAUCUCGGCCCGGGGCCUCUCCGACACCUUCUCCAUUCACUUGGUCCACAAGCACUUCGACGUGCCCGAGGGCCAGGUCAUGCACGCCCGCGACCCCAAGAAGGUCAGCGGUCUCCGAGGCCUCUACUUCCGGACCACGCCCGACGGCAAGAAGAUGACGGCGUACGAGUACACCACCGAGCCUGCCAAGGACCUCUCCGCCCAUGAGGACUUUGCCGCCGAGUACGCAGCUACUGCAACCCGCCUCGGCGUCGGCCACAUCUUCGCCCUGGGCGCCGAGGGUAUCGCCAGCAUCGAGAAGCCCCAAUCCGAGUUCGAGCUGGCCUCUCAUUCGUCUACUGUGGUUGUCGAUGCUGAGGCCUUGCCCGAUCUCAACAACAUGAAGUCGACCAGUACCGGCUGGGUCCCGACGACCCAGGCUCAUGGCCGAGUUUACGGCGGUGUCGGCGAGUUUGGCGUCGUGAUCUUCCCCGAGGUCCCCGGUGUCCUUGUUGGCCAUUGCAUCGAAGACCGCGUCGGCAACCACAACAAUCACGGCAAACGGGGCGCCGGUCCCGUUGUCGAAACUCGCCAGAGCAUGCCUGGUAUGUCACACGAUACCGGCGCUGAGGACGUGACGCUCCACCCAGGUGUCAGUGUUGGCGGAAUCUUUGUCGAGAAGGACUCGCUCAUCUACGAUGUUCUGGACCGUGCUGUCGCCCAGAUUGGGGCAUACUAG